AUGAGAUAUCUUUGGAAACGCAAUCAACGCAGCCAAACUGCCACAGACAGCCUGCGCCAGCUUGCCAGCGCCGGAAAUUACGACUGCGUGGUAGAGCAUAUCAGCAGUGACGGCGGCAAUCUCAAUAAUACCGACAAAUAUGGCAGGACAAUCCUACACUGGGCUGUCAUCGAAGGAAAAUUCGAGCUGGUGACAUCGCUGCUUGAAAGGCAAGAUAUCGAGAUAGGAACGACCGAUUGGUUAGGAAAACCAGCGAUAUACUAUGCGGUUAUUUGCGAGGACAAGGAAAUGGUGCAGCUCUUCUUGAAUAAAAAACAUGGCAAAAAAGGAGAGAACCCGCCGCGAGACAAAGAUGGCCGGACUGCUCUUCAUGACGCUUUGGAUUCGGGCAGCAAUGGAAUGGCAGAGCUGUGCUUGGAGCAAGAACUUAUCUCCUUGCCUGACUCCUGUGGACGAACACCACUGAUCCAUGCGGCAAGGACCGGGAAUACGUCAAUGCUACAACAUCUUCAUAGUCACGGCGCCAGCAUCGACUCAAGCGACGAGGAGAAGGGCCGAACGGCGUUACACUGGGCUGCUUAUUGCGGGAGCGAAGAAAUGGUGAAGGAGCUCGUUCUUAUGGGCGCUGAUGUUACGGCAAAGGACCAUGACGGUCACACAGCUUUACAUAUGGCGGCGGCGAAUGGGCACCUUUUAGCGGCAACGCUUCUCCUCGAGAACAAGAAACUCCAACAUGAGCAUGCCGCCAUGUCUAAACUGUUGAUUGAAUCCAUGUCAAACAUCGAAGAGAGAGAUGCAAAGGGCAAUACGCUGCUGCACUGGGCUGCACUAAAGAGCAAUGCGACAGUUGUUGAAGUCAUGUUGCACUCUCUGGGUGAGAGGGAUGCGGCCAUUUUAGCAAUGCAAGGUGAAUACGAUGAGACACCGCUACACGUGGCAACGUUUCACAACGAUACGGCGAUGAUCAAGGUGAUGAUGAAGCAUCUCGGAGAGAAAUCAGAUGCAAUACUGAUGAAACAAGAUGGAGGGAAACGUACGGCGCUACAUUUGGCGGCGCAGCGCGAUAUUGCGGCGCCGGUCAAGGUCAGUACGCUGCUGGAAUGCCUCAAAGAGAAUGCUGGUGCAAUGAUGAUGAUUCCGGAUCGGUGGGGAUGGACGCCGCUACACCAUGCGGCGAAAUGUGGCAACACGGGGGCCUUUGAGGUGAUGUUGGAGUGUCUGAAGGAGAAAGCUAGUACAGUGAUGGUGAUGCUAGAUUUGGAUAACAGGACGCCGCUGCACUGGGCGGCAUCGAGGUGCGAUGCAGGGACGGUAAAGAUGAUACUGGAGUGUCUCGAGACCGAGGUUGCUUGCCCCCUGAUGGCUAUGGAGGACAUUCACAAUCGCACGCCACUACACUUGGCGGCAAAGGGCGGCCAUACGGCGACGGUCAAGGUGAUGCUGGAGUAUCUCGGUGAGGAUGCUAGUGCAAUCAUCAUACUUCGGGAUGAUCAGGGAAACACGCCGCUGCACUGGGCGGCGGCGGAGAAUGAUAAUGAGGCGACAGUAGUGGCGAUACUGGAGUAUCUCGCGGACACUUCAAUUGCUGGCAACGCCAUGGAUAUAAUGGACCAUAAGAAAUGCACGCCUCUGCACCUGGCGGCGAGGCGGGGAAAGGUGCCAAUGAUCAAGGCGAUGCUAAGAUAUCUCAACAAGACGGAGGGUGCCUCGUGCCUAACAAUGAUGGAUGAUGAUGGAAUGCUGCCGCUGGAGUAUCCCGUGGCAAAGAAACUUGUCCAGGAGACGGAAUUUAUAAUCGAGACGGGGCCCAAGCAAGAGACAGACAACAUAAACAGGUAA